UAUCACUCACUAUCUCUCUAACCUUCCCUCCAAAUCGAAUUAGAGACCCGCGCCCUCAAAUUCGAGCUACAAUUUGGAGACAGAAGGAAAAAGGGUUUUCAGGAGAGGGAAUUUCUAGGAAUUACGCUUCAUCGUUUCAGUGAUUUCUUCAGAGUUCAGAUACACCGGUAAAUGGGGAAAGACGAGGAAGAGAUGAGGGGAGAGAUAGAGGAGAGGCUGGUAAACGAGGAGUAUAAGAUUUGGAAGAAGAAUACUCCUUUCCUUUACGAUUUGGUUAUUACUCAUGCCCUUGAAUGGCCUUCUCUUACCGUCGAGUGGCUUCCAGACCGAGAAGAACCUUCUGGAAAGGAUUACUCCGUUCAGAAGAUGAUCUUAGGAACACAUACCUCGGAGAACGAACCUAAUUACCUUAUGCUUGCUCAGGUUCAGUUGCCUCUUGAAGAUUCUGAGAAUGAUGCGCGUCACUACGACGAUGACCGAUCGGAUUUUGGUGGGUUUGGUUGUGCUAAUGGAAAGGUCCAAAUAAUCCAGCAGAUUAAUCACGAAGGAGAAGUUAAUCGUGCUCGAUAUAUGCCCCAAAACCCAUUUGUAAUUGCUACCAAGACAGUUAGCGCUGAAGUCUAUAUCUUUGACUAUAGCAAGCACCCGUCGAAACCUCCCUUAGACGGUGCUUGCAAUCCUGAUUUGAGAUUAAGGGGACAUAGCACCGAAGGAUAUGGUUUGUCGUGGAGUAAAUUCAAACAGGGUCAUUUAUUAAGUGGAUCCGAUGAUGCUCAGAUAUGCUUGUGGGACAUUAGUGCAACCCCUAAAAACAAGUCUUUGGAUGCAAUGCAAAUCUUUAAGAUUCAUGAAGGUGUUGUGGAAGACGUGGCGUGGCAUCUGAGGCAUGAAUACUUAUUUGGUUCAGUUGGGGAUGAUCAAUAUUUGCAUAUAUGGGAUCUCCGAACUCCAUCAGUUAGCAAGCCAAUUCAAUCUGUAGUUGCUCAUCAAAGUGAGGUCAACUGUUUGGCCUUCAAUCCCUUCAAUGAGUGGGUGGUGGCAACAGGAUCAACAGAUAAGACGGUUAAGUUAUUUGACCUGCGCAAGAUCUCAACUGCUCUUCACACUUUUGACUGCCACAAGGAGGAGGUUUUCCAAGUUGGUUGGAAUCCAAAGAAUGAAACCAUCCUGGCUUCUUGUUGUCUUGGCAGGAGACUUAUGGUGUGGGAUCUUAGCAGAAUUGACGAGGAGCAGACACCUGAGGAUGCUGAAGAUGGCCCACCGGAGCUGCUUUUCAUCCAUGGUGGACAUACCAGCAAAAUAUCGGAUUUCACAUGGAACCCUUGUGAAGACUGGAUAGUUGCAAGUGUGGCCGAAGAUAACAUACUUCAGAUUUGGCAGAUGGCAGAGAACAUUUACCAUGAUGAAGAUGACCUACCUGCUGCAGAUGAUACAACCAAAGACGCCUAACAAAAUGACAAACCUUUCUUCUAAUAUACUGUUUUGGUUGAUCAUUUAUCUGUUUGUGGCUUAUGGAAUAGAUAUUGCACUUUUGAAUUGUGCUCUAUUAUUAUAGAGUAUUUGGUUUGUAAAAUUAGAAUUUGAUCUUUUCAGAAAACAACUUAAUUAGAUAUUUAUUUUGUGUUGGUUGUGA